AUGACAUCAUUUGUGCAUACCCCAUUUCUAAAACAAUUAAUUUGUCCAAUAGAUGAUAGAAAGCAACGAAUACCCUCAGCUAAACCGAAUGUUGAUCUUGAUACAUGCGAAUUAACAACCCAAGUUCAAGUUGGAAGAAUACAACCGACCGAUGCAACUGAUCAAGAACAAUUGGGUGCAAAAUCGAAAGGUAUAUUUUCGGGCAAACCGAACGACAAUUUACAUGACGCAGCUAAAAGCGGUCUUGCUAAUGAAGCUAAACAAGCCAUAGCUGAUGGUGCCGACAUUCGUUAUAGAAAAAAUAAUCGAACAGCGCUAGACGCAGCUAUUAGUUCAUUUCACGAAAAUUCAACUAAAGUAAAUUCACGAACAACACUUUCAGAGGAGAAACAACGAUGUUAUAUAGUAGUUCUUGGUUGUCAACAAAUUAUUAGUGAUUUACAACAAAUAGCACGAAAAAAAUUACUGGAAUCAAUUCAACAAGCACAUCCCGGCCGCGUCGUCGAGGUCAAACAUUAA